GUACUGGAGUUUAAUCCUGGAAUACUGGCGCUACAAUCUGCUGCUGACUUCCUAUUAUAAACUUUAGUUUAUAAGGAGAAACAACUCAAGCUUCACUCUGAGACAAAAUGGCUUCACGAUCAGAAGAAGAUCACUGCUGUCCUGUUUGCUAUGAAAUCUUUAAAGACCCUGUUGUUCUGUCGUGUAGCCACAGCUUCUGUAAAGACUGUCUGAAGAGCUGGUGGAGAGAGAAACAAAUACAAGAGUGUCCGGUUUGUAAGAGAAGAUCAUCAAAGAGUGAUCCUCCUCGUAACUUGGCUUUAAAGAACCUGUGUGAGGCCUUUUUACUGGAGAGAGAUGAGAGAGGUUCAGAGACUCUCUGCAGUCUGCACUCUGAGAAACUCAGACUCUUCUGUCUGGACCAUCAGCAGCCGGUGUGUGUCGUCUGCAGAGAUUCAAAGAGACACAACAACCACAGAUUCAAACCCAUCGAUGAAGCUGCACAGGAUCUCAAAGAGGAGCUCCAGAAAUCCCUGAAGCCCUUAAAGGAGAAACUGAAGCUCUUUGAAGAAGUUAAAGGAAACUGUGAUCAAACAGCAGAACACAUUAAGGUCCAGGCCCAACGCACAGAGAGGCAGAUUAAGGAUCAGUUUAAGAAGCUUCACCAGUUUCUACAAGAGGAAGAGGAGGCCAGGAUCUCUGCUCUGAGGGAGGAAGAGGAGCAGAAGAGUCAGAUGAUGAAGGAGAAGAUUGAGUCUCUGAGCAGAGAGAAAGCAGCUCUUUCAGACACAGUCAGAGCCACAGAGGACGAGCUGAGAGCUGAAGACGUCUCAUUCCUGCAGAACUACAAGGCUGCAGUGGAAAGAGUCCAGCAGCGCCCCCUGCUGGAGGAUCCACAGCUGCUCUCAGGAGCCCUGAUAGACGAGGCCAAACACCUGGGCAACCUGACCUUCAACAUCUGGAACAAGAUGAAGGAGAUGGUUUCCUACUGUCCUGUGAUUCUGGAUCCAAACACAGCUCAUCCAGAACUCAUCCUGUCUGAAGAUCUGACCAGUUUGAUAUUGGGAGAGAAACAGAAGCUUCCUGAAAACCCAGAGAGGUUUGAUCAGCAUCAGGUUGCUCUGAGCUCUGAGGGUUUUAACUCAGGGACUCACAGCUGGGACUGUCAGGUUACACAUGAUAGAUACUGGGCCAUAGGUGUGAUAAAUGAGUCUGUCCGGAGGAAGGGGGAAAUCUCAACUGGAUUCUGGGAAAUAUGUUUCCGUGAUGGAAAGUACAUAGCAGCCUCCCCACCGCUCCCAAAUAUAGAUCUGUCAGUGAAGAAGAAGCUCCAGAGGGUCAGAGUUCAUCUGGACUUUGACAAAGGAAAACUGUCGUUCUCUGAUCCUCAUACUAACACACACAUACACACCUUCACACACAGAUUCACUGAGAGACUGUUUCCAUACAUUGACACCACAAAUGAACUCCCAAUGAAGAUAUUACCAAUGAAAGUCUCUGUAUCUGUGGAACAACACAUUCCCUUGUUUGAGAGGUUUUCAGCUGCUUUUAAUGCAUUCUUUUCAGGUUGAGUAUGAGUAUUCAAAAAUGCUAUAAUUUGGCAUCUCAAUGAUCCUAUAAAAACAUUAUUUACCCAAAUUGAAUAUGAUUUUUUUCCCCCCAGGUUUGAAACACUGGAAUAUUUGUAUAGCGCAAACAUCUGUGCAGGAUAUGUUUUUAAGUUAUAGUCUCUUUUCAUUUUUGGAAUUGUAUGUGUUGUAAGCAGUAUAUGUGAUAUUAAUCUUCAUUGUAAACAGACUGUUUCUGCAGGUAGUACACAAGAAAUCAAGAUACUUUACAGUCUAAUUAAUCCUUUUUCUUUUGGAAUUUUGUAGUCUGCAUGUUGAGUUUUUUGAAUACUUCUUUACUUUUCUUUUUUCUAUUUCUGUUUGCACUAUAACCAUGGAUGUACAGACAACUAUGUUGAUAAUGAAAAACAAAUACAAAUGGUGAUCAUGAGACAAUCUGAAUACGAACACACACAUACACACCUUCACACACAGAUUCAUUAAGUUUUUUUGUCUUUGAUUUCUUCUCUGGUUUAACUGAGUUGUGACUCUUAUAAGAAGUAAAAUGUCAAAUGUGUCAAUCGGGUGGUGAAAGGGAAAAAAAUAAGGACGACUAUGGUGAUGAGAUACA